AUGACUUCAAAGCCAAAUGGUAUGAAGGCUCCACUUCACUCGGAGUUUUAUGAUAAUCCAUCUCUUUAUGGGCUUCGUCGUAGCACGCGUGCUCAUAAAUCUCCAGAGCGCUUUCAAGCGGAUGAAGAGAAACCAAGACGUUCUCGCAGCUCAAGACCAACUUCUUCAGACAAUGAUUUCAGUGAUGAAGAUAACGACUCAGAAGAUGUUUCUAUUUCUCGGAGGAAAAAGAAGCGAUCGAAAGCUGGUACAAAAUCAAAAAUAGGCUCUAAACGUUCUAAUAGCAAUGAUUCUUACGACUAUUAUGCUGAACCUUACGAAGAUACAGGGUUCAAUGCCGGAACUAAUGAUGAUGAAGAAGAUGAGGAUGGUGAAUUUUUCCAAUCUCAAAAGCAUGAAGCUUCUAGUCGUGCCAAGAAGAAACAGCGUGUUAUCAAGUCGGGUUCAUCUACCCCUCAGUAUACACCAACAAGAUUUUCUUCUAGAACAAGUAAAAUUGUCAAUUAUAACAUUGAUCAGGACAAUGAUGACGCUGAUUUAAUGGAUUCCGAAGAUGAAAAACGUGCUCAAGCUGCUUAUGUUCAAGAUUACAUCGUUGAAGAUCCAAGUGAAUCUAUUGAUGUUAUUGUUGAUCAUCGUCAGAUUGAAGAUGCAACUACUCGUGAUCCCAAAAGCGAUUUAGAGUACUUGAUAAAAUGGCAAGGUAUUUCUCAUAUACACAAUACAUGGGAGCCUUACGACAAUCUCAAAAACCGCAAAGGUGUUAAACGAGUGGAAAACUACAUUAAGAAGUAUGUUCUCCCUGAGAACUUAUACUUGGGUGAUUUAAAUACCUACAAGGACGAAUUUGAAAUCUUCAGCAUAGAGAUGAAUAAGAGGCGAGACGAAUAUAACAUAUACAAAACCGUUGAACGUGUCAUUGCAUCCCAGCGCGUCACCACUCAAGCAAAUCAUACUAAACUCGAGUACUUUGUGAAAUGGAAAGGUCUUACUUAUCACCUGAGCACUUGGGAGGAUGCUGAAGUUAUUGCUAAAAUUGCUCCUCACGAAGUUGAAGUAUUUCAAGCACGUCAAAAUUCCAAAAUUUCCCCUUCCCAUGGUACUGUGUAUUCUGGACCUCGACCAAGUUUUGAAAAGCUUACUGAGCAACCAAGCUUUGUCAAAGGCGGCGAAUUAAGAGAUUUCCAAUUAACCGGUUUAAAUUGGAUGGCGUUUUUGUGGUCGCGCAAUGAAAAUGGAAUUCUUGCGGAUGAAAUGGGUCUUGGAAAAACUGUUCAAACAGUUGCAUUUCUUUCAUGGUUGGUUUACGCUCGAAAGCAAAAUGGCCCAUUUUUGGUCGUUGUACCAUUAUCUACUAUUUCCGCUUGGCAAGAAACUUUAGAGCUCUGGGCUCCCGAUCUCAAUGUGAUUGUUUACAACGGAAAUGAUGAGUCUCGGAAAAUGAUUCGACAUUAUGAAUUUUUCGUCAAAAACAAUCCUAAAAAAGUCAAGUUCAAUGUACUUCUCACUACUUACGAGUACACAAUUCGUGACAAAAAUGAGCUUGGACAAAUCAAAUGGCAAUUUCUUGCUGUUGAUGAGGCUCACAGAUUGAAAAAUCCUGAAUCAAAUCUUACUCUUACCCUUUCAGAGUUCAAAAUUGCCAAUCGACUUCUCAUCACUGGUACUCCUCUUCAAAACAACAUUAAAGAACUUAUCGCAUUGAUUACAUUUUUAAAGGGAGGACAAUCCAACAACGCUGCGUUUCAGGAGUUUGCAGAAAUUGAUCUGGAGCAAGAUAAAGCAGAUACUGGAAAUCAAGAAGAACUCAUCCGAUCUUUGCAUAAAAGUCUUCAGCCAUUCAUUUUACGUCGUCUGAAAAAAGAUGUUGAAAAGUCACUUCCUUCAAAAACUGAACGUAUUCUUCGUGUCGAGAUGUCUGAUAUGCAAACCGAGUAUUACCGCAACAUCAUUUCUCGAAACUUUCAAGCCCUUAAUGCUGGUACCACUGGUGGUAACCAGAUGAGUCUUUUAAACAUUAUGGUUGAGCUCAAAAAGGCUUCAAAUCAUCCUUAUCUUUUCCCAUUUGCUGAAGAGCGAUAUAUUCAAAAUAAUGGUGAUCUUAGGAACCGUGAAGUUAUUUUGAAGGGCCUAAUUAUGAACAGUGGUAAAAUGGUUUUGUUGGACAAGUUGCUCACUAGGCUAAAAAAGGAUGGUCAUAGAGUUUUAAUUUUCAGUCAAAUGGUCCGCAUGCUUGAUAUUCUAGCCGAUUAUCUUUCUAUUAAGGGUUAUCAAUAUCAGCGCCUGGAUGGUACAGUACAAUCAUAUACAAGAAAGACACUCAUUGAUCAUUUCAAUGCUCCUGGAAGUCAAGAUUUUGUUUUCUUGUUAAGUACUCGAGCAGGAGGUUUAGGUAUCAACCUUAUGACUGCUGACACUGUGAUUUUAUUUGAUUCUGAUUGGAAUCCUCAGGCUGAUUUACAGGCUAUGGCUCGUGCUCAUCGCAUUGGACAGAAAAAUCAUGUUAUGGUUUACCGAUUUUUGUCUAAAGACACUGUUGAAGAAGAGAUUUUGGAGCGUGCCAAGAGAAAAAUGGUUUUGGAGUAUGCCGUUAUUUCUAUGGGUGUUACAUACCAAAAAAAGUCCAGUGAUUCCGAAAAAGAUGCUUCUUCUGCAGAGCUUUCUGCCAUUCUUAAAUUUGGUGCUGGUAACAUGUUCAAAAACAACAAUAACCAAAAGAAGCUGGAAGACAUGAAUCUUGACGACGUUCUUAAUCACGCUGAAGAUCAUGUAAGUGCUGAAACUGAGCUUGCACAAUCACAUCUUGGCGGUGAGGAUUUUCUCAAACAGUUUGAAGUUACGGACUACAAGGCUGAUGUCAAGUGGGACGAUAUUAUUCCUGCAGACGAGCUAGAGAAGAUCAAAGCUGAUGAAGAAAAACGCAAGAAUGAAGAGUUUCUCAGUGAACAAAUGACACUUUACGGCAAACGAAGAGCUGCUGUUAAAACUACUGGCCAACUCGUUGAGUCUGAUAUCGAAGACGAAGUUGAGGAGGAUGAAACGGCUUCUCGUGGUAAGGCCAAAACUCGAAAUGGUGGAAAUUCUUCUACGAAUAAUGGAAGAUCUAAAGAAGAUACUGAUUUGAAUGUUCUCGCAGAGCGGGAAGUGCGACAAUUAUACAAGGUUCUUUUACGGUAUGGCGAUCUCUCUAAAAUGUGGGAUAAACUUUUUAGUGAUGGUUCACUUCCAAACCGGAAACCUUCUUUAGUCAAAGAAGCUUAUGCAGAGCUUAUGAGGUUAAGCAAGGAAGAAGUUGAUAAGGAGACAUCACGUCGUCAAGAAGCAGCAGUUGCUGUUUCAUCUGCAGGGCAAUCUGGAGACAGCAGUAUUCCCAAUACACCUGUUUCGACAGCCAAUGGCAAUCAGUCAACAGUGCCCAACCACCUCAUUCGCCGCAAGGAAAAGCGUGCCAUAUUGUUUGAGUAUCGUGGUGUUAAGGGUAUUAAUGCUGAGCUGGUGUUGCAGCGUCCUGAAGACAUGGAUGCUAUUCGCGAGUUUGUUCCCGAUGAGAACACCAACUGGAUCAUUCCACGGAUGCUUAAAGUGGUUCAUGGUUGGUCUUGUGAAUGGGGGCCUUCCGAGGACUCGCGUCUAUUGAUUGGCGUUAAAAAGUAUGGUUAUGGCGCCUGGACCAAUAUCCGUGACGAUCCUGUGCUUGGAAUGGGCGACAAGAUGUUUUUGGAGGAGCAUCGUGCGGAGAAAAAGCAGCAGCGUACUGAAGGUGGUGCUGUUGUCAAGGCUGCAGCCAAGGUUCCUGGCGCUGUUCAUCUGGGUCGCCGUGUUGAUUAUCUGUUGACAGUUAUUCGGGGAGAAAAUGAAAAUACAAACGUUUCUGUUGCCCGAAAACCCAAGCGCAAAGAGACACGCAGUGAAGAGGCUAAUGGCGGAUCUGGCCAAGAUGGCGAGACCAAUGGAUAUUACAGCUCGCCAGCCAACGGAUAUAAUGGGUCGAGAGGUUCGACACCAGUAAAUUCGCGGCCACAGUCCAUGCGUGGUAGUGCAGGAGGAGGGGUUCGACGUGCGGGGUCUUUGCAAAGUCAAGGAAGCCCACGGGUAUACGACAACCACGGUCAACAGCCAUCGUCGCAUCAAGACGAUGGAGAAGAUUCCGAUGACAGUGUUGAGUACGAGAGCAUGGAUGAGCAGGAGUGUAAAGCCCAGUUACAUCCGGUGCGACACAGUCUACGGAAGUUGAAAAAGGGGAUGAAUGGGCUGGAGAAGCAGGAGUUUUUGGAUAUGUUAAAACGGGAGAUGGUAAUUGUAGGAGACUUUAUUGAAAAGAAGGUAAAGGAGGAAGAGGCGCGAUCUGGGUCACCGGGCGCACGGAAUCCGGAUAAGUUGCGCAAGCAUUUGUGGUCGUUUGCUGGAUACUUUUGGCCACGCAAGGUUGCAUCUGCGAAAAUUAUGGCCAUGUAUCAAAAAGUACGACGAGGAGCUAAUCAAGGAUCGAAAUAG